GAUUGGCACAAUAGAUGUGACCGUAACCUGACUUUUAGAGAAAGCACCAAGUCCAAACGGGAUUCUUCCUGCUCGUCCAGGAAAGCUGGGCAGGACUGAGAAAUAGUUGACAAGGAGUCUUUCGCACUCCUUGGAACACCAGAUCUCAACGAACGUCAAUGAUAAUCUUGAGGUUUCUGGCAACAUCCAUCGCAACAUGAAUCCGGACAUUUCCCAAUCAAGUGCUUUGGUUAGCACUGCUUUGGAGCUGCCAGAAGGGAUGGAUUUGCUGGACGACCUUGAUCUUCCUUCCCUGGACGACCUCUUGCUGCAGUUUUGCGAGAAUAGCGACAACGGCGUUUUGCAAGCUGAUUGUCAUAUCACUGGAAGCUGCUGCGGGCACACAUCACCCUGCAGCCAGGCCAGUGUGGGCCCUUCAGCAGGGCUGGCAAGCAAGCUUGGGGAGCGGUGCCUGCACACGCCAGAGGGCGAAAGCGCCUUGAUGGCCACUGGUACCACUGCUGUACCAUUCAACCCUCUGGACAGCAGCUGCAGCACUGGCCACGGGCGACAGCUUGCAGACUCAGCCCAGGCCACUCUCAGCCAGCACCAAGUUGAGAGACCCACCAGCAGCAAUGAUAGCAACCCCUGUGAAGAGAGCCCGCAGAGCAGCUCUGAUGUUUGUCACAAACGGCGCCGCAUGGCUGACGGUGACGCUGCCUCUUCUGGGGAGCAAGAGGAUGGUGGCCCUU